UUACCUCAUGGUAGUUUCCAUGCAUGUGUGCUCAGCCCGGGUGGAGACAAGGCGGAGACCUUUGCACUUGCCAUAGAUCAGCUUCGUCUUCUUAGGAAUUCACUUUGUCACUCAACCAGCUCGGAGAUGGACAAAGUAACCUUUGACGAGCGCGUGAAUUUCACCAAAGAUGCGUUUCUAGCUCUUGGUGUCUCGAAAGCCACAAUUGCAGUGGUUGAUGCAGUUGGUAGUUUGACGGAGUCGGACUUUCCCACAAAUGAGGUUCGUAAGUUGGAAAUGGGAAUAAGAGACGAGUGUCGGACGUACAGCAAGUUUCUCGAAGAGGUGGGCUCAGAUAUCAGUGAACUAAAAGCAUCGGUAGAUUCUCUAAGAAGAAGAAAGGAAGAAGACAAGAAGGAUAUUGCUAUGAUAUUGGAAGAAAAGAUACAGGCCUUAACAGUAGCUCAAGAUCAAAACGACGCUAAAAACAGGGAACACUACACCCCGAUUCUCUUAGGUGUAAGUUCAGAUGUCGAAGUUGUGAAGAUGAAAUUGGAAAACAACACUGCCAGCAAAGAAGACAUAGCUAGACUGGAGAAGAAAAUCGAUGAUUGGAAAGGACAAGAAGAACGUGAUGCUCAAGGUAAAAGUCCAGGUAAUACUUGACAAUUGAUAAAUAAGCCUGCAAGAGUUUGGUGAUUAAUCGUUUUAGGAUAAUUAUAAAUCGAUUUAGCCAGGGCUAAAAGCGAAGUUUUCUUUAAUAUUUAUAGUUUAUUCAAAUAAAUUAUGAAAUAGUGCAAUGCUAAAGAAACGGUGAAGACAACAAGAACGAUAAAAAGCAACAAAAACAGGCCUAAUUAGAAAAAAAAAAAAAACUUUGCACGUGCAGCACACUCUUUUGUACUUUUCUUUGCCGCUUAUGGGCUCCUGUUUGCCUUUGUUUUGCACGGCUACAAGGUGAAACUAGCUUAUAAUUGAUUGGCAAUAUCUCUCGCUAGAAUAUAGAAGACCUAGAACAAAAUGAAAUUUUCCCAAAAAGUAAAUCUUGAGGGGUUUUUCUGUGUAACUUAGCGUUCAAUUAUGGUCAAGUCAAAAAUUGAAAAUAAAAGAAAUUUUACGAAUUGGUGGCGAAUUAAGGGCCUGUUUACAUGGAGGUGUGGGACCCAAGGUAGGUGGGGUAACCCACCUGUCCUUAUAAUCUCUCGUUUUAAUUUGGUUGCGUUUACUUGAUAGGUCGGUGACCCGCCAAAGCCGGUAUCCCGGCCUGCCAGACCGGGUAACCCUCUCAGCCGGGGUCAAAUUUCGCCAUGUAAACGGUUCAAGGAGCGGUAACCCGCCUAGUGAUACAUCAAAUUCGCGCAAAAUUCACUUUGGCGGUGGCUUUGCAACAAUAAAAACCCACAACACUGAAGGUUACAGCAAGAACAGCAAGUGAAAGAAAAAGAGCAUUAAUAGGAUAGAAUAGAAUAAUUCUUUAUUUAAACACCUUAAAAUCCUUCAGGAGUUUUAAAAUUUUUAAAUAAACCUAACUACCCUAAACAAUAUGCAAAACUAUCUACAACUAACCUAACCAAGACCUGUUUUUCAUGAAUGCCGUGUACACAGUAAAAAAAAAAAACAAAACAAAACACGUGGUUUGCCAGCACUAUUCUUGUUUACGUGCUUAGCGACCAUUCAAUAAUCUUGAGAAAGGGCUCCCCGGGAUGGCAGGGUUGUAAGAUUGCAUGUAAAGGAGAGUUAUUAUUUUAAAACAACCAAAUUAUGCACUAAAAAACACGUACCAAUUCCGCGGUAUGGCCAGUACCUUACGCAAGCCCACAACCGUAUCACCCCGGCAGUGGCAGCCAUGGACAGCUGUUUAGCCCUUAUUGGGGCUCAUCAGUAUGGCAUAGCCGUCGGGUCAGUAAGCGGGGGGGGGAACCCCCGUAUCAAAGACCCUUCUUUGUAUUUUGGCCGUCCAAAGGGCGCGGUGGAAAGCCCCAAGGCCAUGAAAACAAGGGGGGUAAAAAACCAAAAUAAAAGAUAACAAAAAACAAAACUUAGGGGAAAAUACACUGGGGAAAGACCGCCAAAAAAGGAGGGGGCACCUCCAUACGAAGCCAGCCCGCCAAAGUCGCGGGGAAUCGAAUCCUGCCUCCCCAUUAGUUUAAAUUCUACUUAAUAAUAUAAAUAAUAUACAAUAAACAGAACACACAGUAAAAAAACAAAGGCGACCGAGAGGAGCAGGGAGAAAGUGGACACGUACAAAGAAAAAUACCUGACACACUCAAGCAAAUACAUCCCCUACUCGAUAAAAAAGACAGUACAACCAGUAAAGGCGACCAAGAGGAGCAACAAGAAGGUAGACUCGUAAAAGAAAAGACCUCACACACUCAAGCAAAUACCUUUAAAGAAGAAAAGAAGAAGACACCACAGAACAGUCAACAAAGGCGACCGGGGGGAGCAGAAGGGAGGGGACAAAAAACAACAACAAACAACAAAAGCAACUUUACACGAUAAAAAUUAAAAAGAAAGACGAAAGAAGUCACCAACGACUUUACCAAUGUAUCCAUUGGCACCCCAUUGACGCUGAAAAAAACGCCUGUGCCCGGAUUUGAAGCAUUUGAAGAACAACGGUAGGUAAAAAGAGAGACGGCCUUUAAUACUGACAAUGAGCCCAACAGCACUAGAAGGCUUAGACUGGAAACGAUAGUCUUUCCUUUGAUGCCAGACAUAAAAUUUGAGAAGAGACAAGAGAUAGCAGAAAACGCGCGGAGCAUACAACUCAUCAUCGUUGAAACCAAAAAGAACGUGACGAACGAAACAGAAGGAGCCAGUGGAGAGGACAAAAACAAAAAAGACUGAGUCCGAACCUGGCCACUCUGCGCUAAAGGACAGUGUAAAAACAAAUAUUCCAAGGUCUCAACAGGAUGUCCACAGAAACAAGCAAGAGGAACAUCAAGACGACCAAAAAGGACAAGCCGGUGCGCAGUGUACAAAACACCGAGAGCAAUUUUCCAGCAGAGAUCGAUGACCUUCCGGUCAAGAAGCAUAAAGAAAAGAGCUUUCCAGGUAGAGGCCCAGUCUAGAUUGACAAAAUCAAAACGGAAAUUGUCAACGCAGUGACGGGUUUCCGGAUUCAAAAACAAAAUCAGCUGGUAGGAAGACUUACAUGAAAGCGAAUCAGCACGAAGCACGUAGUGUCAGUAGAACCAGCAACCAGGCCGACAGGCGACAGAGACCCGAGGCAAUAAGUGAGAAAAAUUGAGAGGUGGCAAAAACAGUUUGGGGGUCAAGUCCCCAAAGAGGUCAAAAAACCAAAAGGUCAUUAUGUGAGCCCACGCAUUUGGGGCAGUAACAUAGCGACGAACCCACUGAGCCAGAAGAGCGUACACUUUGAAUUGAAUGGAGACAACGUUGAAACCGCCACAAAGAUGAGAGUUCCUUCGUUUUACUCCAAAAGAAGGAAAAGACGAGGGUGUCAAGUUCGGCAACAACCCACGCCUGCAUGGGAAUUAAGGACGCCAUAAACCAUAUCCGAGACAAAGCCAGAGCGUUAAUAAUGAGAGCCAAUUACCAGAUACGUUUCUACCGCGUUAAUUCGGGGUCGCCAAUUCACCUCCUCAAGGUUUUUAUUGCCAAUUUAAACCCCCAAUCUUUUAGCUUUAUCGGCAAACCCUUGAAUUGGAACAGGCUUAUCCAAACGACCACGCCAAGCACUAAGCCAGACUCACUGUCCGCUAUUGACCUUUGCUCCAGUACCUUUUUCAAACCCAUGGUGACUGACUGCAAAAAGCACCUUGGUGGCACAAUUAGCGCAAGAGAAAACAGACGUGUCAUCACCAUAAAGAUAUAAAACAUGAAGAGGAGAUGAUAUGCCAGGCAAACGCAGGCCACUGACUGCGGGGUUACAUCGAAUGUUGGCAGCAAGUACCUCAAUAGACAAAAAACAAGAGCAGAGAUAAAGGGCAACCUUGACGCACUCCGCAAGAUGGCCUAAAGGCACAGAAACAAUAACCAUUAAUAAGGACGGUGCUACGGACAUCGGUAUAAUCAGGAGCCUGACCCACCGAAUAAAGCUCACACCAAAGCCCAUCUUACCCAAAGUGGCCAAGAGAAAAGGCCAGUCAACUCGAUCAAAAGCUUUCUCUUGAUUAAGAGGCAGUGUAGCAACAGGUAUGUCUUAAAGUUCAUUGGCUAAUUCGGCAACGUCACGUAGAUAGGCGACAUUUUCGCCACUAAAACGUCCAGAAAUUCCGCAGGUCUGUUAAGGAGUGACAGCCUUAGAUAUUACCUUUAACAGACGGCCAGCUAAAACACGAGCGCAGAGCUUGUAGUCAAGGUUUAGAGGACUAAUCGGUCGCCAAUUUUUGUGGUCCUGACGAUCACCCUUCUUCAAAAUCAAUCAGAGUAAUGAGAGCUUCACGUUGAGAAGAAUGGAGGAGACCAGCCUAUAGAGAAGCACUGAAGACCCCGACAAGAUCUUUCCCACAAAAGUCCCAGAAAGUCACAUAAAACUCCAUAGGCAGGCCAUCCGAGCCAGGGGAUUUGCCCUUUGCCGUACCCAGAAGCGCAGCAUGGGCCUCGGUGAACAAGACGGGGCCCUCACAAGUCGCAGAUUCAUCGGAUAAAGAAAGGUCAUCAAGAAGAUCAGUCUGGACGUCAAGGUCAACAGUGGUUAGCGAUGAUGAUGGCCGCGUCUUUUGAAGCUGGCUAGUUUAGUGUUAUUUGUUGCCUUUUUGUGUGUCUAAAUAAUUUAGUUUUUCGUGUAUGAGUUCCUGUUGGUGUCUUUUAUUUGAAUAUGUCAAAGAAAGGAAAGAAGCAAGACGUGAAUGACGAUACAGUCGACUCCCGAUAACUCGAACCCUCGCUAACUCGAACCAAAAUCGAUUUCCCCUGGAUUUCACUGUAAUUCAUUGUAAUUUUACCCUCGCUAACUCGAACCCUCGAUAACUCGAACUCCCGCUAACUCGAACCAAGUUUCGUUUCCCCUCAGGUCAUGUUCUACAUAAUUUUACCCUCGAUAAUUCGAACCAUGUUUU